AUGAUCCGAGAUCGAUCUAGUGAAUUCCGGCGAAAAGCUCAAGAGAACGUUUUCGAUGGACUGGAUGUUUUGGAAGGUGGACCGUCAUCCGGAAGUAGUGACUUGAAAAAUGACUUCUUCAAUGAAAUCGACGAAAUCAGGCGAUUAAUUGAGAAUUUGGUGGAUGACAUCAUGAAAUUGAGGCAGCAACAAUCAUCCAUGCUAUCGAAGCCAAUCAUUGACACCAGUGAUAAGGAGAUUCUGAAUGAGAGUAUACGAGCGAUACAGCAUCGUUCGGCAUUACUGAGGCCGAAAUUGAUCAAAAUGAAACAAGACUAUGAAAGCAGUUCAAAAUCAGCUUCAAAUUCGAACGUGAACAGUCGCAUUAGAAAAUAUCACAUCGAAGCACUGAUGAAGAAAUUUUCCGAUGCGUUACAAUUAUUCAAUGAAGCACAAAAUGAUUACAGACGUCGGAUUGCGGGUAGAUUAAAGAGGCAACUUGACUUAGCGGGCGAGAAUUGGACUGAUGCGGAAGUGGAAGAAAUGAUCGAUUCUAAAUCAAUGCAGAUAUUCCACAGAACGGCUACAACAGCUAUAAUGCGAUCUGUAUUAAACGAUGUUGAGUCACGUCAUAAUGAGAUUAUGCGAAUUGAAAGCAAUAUUAAAGAUUUGAAUGAUAUGUACAAUGACAUUGCAUUCAUGAUACAAAAUCAGCAUUGGUUUCGACGUCUCCAAGAGUAUUCACUCAUCUCCGGUAAACAAUAUGAUGCCAUUCGGUCCUCGGAUCGGUCGAAGGGCGAAUCAAUAGAUCGCAUCGAUAAAAACGUUGAAGAUACAGUUUAUAUCGUCGAAGCAGGACGAAAAGAAGCACAUAAAGCAUUGGAACAUAAGAAGAGUGUGAUCAGUAAAAAGAUCUAUUGUACAUUUUUGUGUAUUCUCGUCACAGUCCUCAUCAUUGUUAUCAUCAUUGUUUUGAGUGUUGUUCUCGGUCGCAAAUGA